GAUGAUUCCACAGCGAGUGGGGGGCGUGGGUGUGAUUAUUCACACGAUUCUUCUGAUAAGUAUUGAUCCACCAUCAGACCCGAAGAAGCAUCAGUCUUGCAAGCAAAAACUUUUACCUAUCCUUGAAUUUUUUCAUCACCUACGCAGCAGCAUGUCACCCCAUGUAGAGCAUACAGAGCACAAACGCGUGUGGUGGAAAGAAGCAACCUUUUACCAAAUCUACCCUGCAUCCUUCAAAGACAGCGACGGCGAUGGCUGGGGCGACAUACCGGGCAUCCUCGAAAAGAUCUCAUAUAUAGCAUCUCUCGGUGUAGAUGCGGUGUGGCUGUCUCCCAUGUUCGACUCGCCACAGGUAGACAUGGGCUACGAUGUGUCCAACUACGAAGCCGUGUACAAGCCUUACGGGACAGUUCAAGAUGUCGAGAAAUUGAUCGAAGCCUGCCAUGCAAAAGGGAUGAAGCUGAUUCUGGACUUGGUGAUCAACCAUACAAGCGAUCAACACGCGUGGUUUCAGGAAAGUAGGAGCUCAAAGGACAAUCCCAAGCGAGAUUGGUACUUUUGGAAACCGCCACGGUUCGAUGAGGAGGGGAAGAGGAUUCCGCCGACGAACUGGCGAAGUUACUUUGCUGGUGGAACAUGGACUUGGGAUGAGCACACGCAAGAGUACUAUUUGCACUUGUACGACAAGACGCAGCCGGAUUUGAACUGGGAAAAUGAAGAGUGUCGCAAAGCGAUCUAUGACUCGGCAAUGCGGUUCUGGCUAGACAAGGGCAUCGAUGGGUUCCGUGUGGAUACCGUCAACAAGUAUUCAAAGGUCACGAGCUUCCCGGAUGCGCCCGUGACGGAUCCAAGUAGCGAUGUGCAGCCCGCAGCGCAAUUCUGGUGCAACGGGCCCCGAAUCCACGAGUUCAUCAAGGAAAUGAACAAUGACGUGUUUUCCAAGUACAGAACUUACGACAGCCAGCCAUUGGUUACUGUGGGUGAAUUGUCACUGACCCCUGAGCCAGAGGGCGUGCUGGAGUACGUGAGCGCAGGAGUGAAGGAGCUCGACAUGGUAUUUCAAUUCGAUAUUACCCAUUUGGGACAAGGACCACCAGGGUGUGAUAGCAAGUAUGACUUCGCUGAAUGGCAACUACCGGACAUGAAAAGAAUUGUAAAGAAGUGGCAGACAUUCAUCGAGGGCAAUGAUGGAUGGAAUUGUGUUUUCACGGACAACCACGACAAUGGAAGAAGUGUCUCACGAUUCGGCAGUGAUGCACCUGAAUACCGGGAAGCCAGUGCAAAGAUGCUUGCACUGUGCUUCGCGGCGCAGACCGGGACUUGGUUUCUGUAUCAAGGCCAGGAGAUUGGAAUGAUCAACGCGCCGAAGGAUUGGAGCAUUCAAGAAGAGUACAAAGACGUUGAAUCGCAGAACUAUUGGCUGGAAGCUACACGGGUAUCGGAGCAAGGUACAGAUCCCACACGCGAAGAGCGUAUCGCAAAGGGUCUGCAGCUCAUGGCACGAGACCAUGCUAGGCUGCCUUUCCAAUGGAACUCCGGCGCGAAUGGUGGGUUUUCUACAGGAACGCCAUGGAUGCGGGCACAUGAUCUGUACGAGGAGAUCAACGCGGAGGCGCAAGAAAAGGAUGCCAAUAGCGUGCUGUCCUUUUACAAGCGCAUGCUGAGAUUGAGAAAGGAACACAAAGACGUGUUCGUGUAUGGCAGUUUCGAGUUAUUAGACCUUGACAACGCGGACACAUUUGUGUAUAGGAAGGUGUAUCGGCAAAAGACAGCCCUGGUGGCGGCGAACUUUACACCGCUGUCACAGCGACUUCCUCGGCCAGAUAAGGACAUGAAGCUCUUGGUGAGCUCGCACUCGAAGACAGAUCCAGAUGAGCUGCAGCCGUUUGAGGCAAGAAUCUACAUUGACUAUUAA